AUGGCGAUGCAUGCUGUUGCUUCUUCGUCAAUUUCCGAUCAAUUUCGAAUAGAUACCGAAAAUAAAACUAUUGAAAAAACCGCGAGAGAAAAAUACCACAAGCGAACAUACACGGAGUAUGAUCGUUGCCCGAUCAAGUUGAAAUGGUCCUUCGGCAUAAAUCCGCAAGUACCGGUGAUAAAUCUAACGACAAGAAAUCGUACGAUAGUAGCAUAUGCUUGUUCACAUAUAGUUAUAAUUUACAACUAUGUUUCAAGAGAAAUGUUGCCGCUUAUGGGCCAUCGUAAUGCCGUGGGAACAUUAUCCACUUCACGAGACGGCAAAUGGUUGCUGACAGCGAAUUUUGGAAAAGAUUCCAUAAUGAUGGUCUGGGAUACGGAAAAGGGGGUACCUGUAUGCACUUUAUUCAAUCCGAAUGCAAGCGAAGACGUGACACUCGCUCGUAUCAGUCCCGAUGCUAAGCAGAUAAUCACUGUCAGCAACGGGAAGUGUCAGAAUGUAUAUGUCUGGUUGUGGACCCAUGGAAGGGACAAACCAGACGGUUUGCUCCCUUAA